AUGCCUGAAGAAAUCAAGAAGAAACCAAUCAACUUCUCCAACAUCCUCUUGGGCGCCGCCUUGAACAUGGCUGAGGCCACGACCUUGGGCCAACCUUUGGAAGUGGUCAAGACCACCAUGGCUGCUAACAGAAACCUCUCCCUUCUUCAGGCGACCAAAGUGGUUUGGUCUCGUGGUGGGCUCAAGGGCUUCUAUCAGGGCUUGAUCCCAUGGGCGUGGAUUGAAGCCUCAACCAAAGGUGCCGUGUUGUUGUUUGUUUCUGCCGAAGCUGAGUACAGGUUCAGAACCCUUGGGCUCAAUUCGUUUGUCAGUGGCAUGGGCGGUGGUAUCACGGGUGGUGUGGCCCAGGCAUACCUUACUAUGGGUUUCUGCACGUGUAUGAAGACUGUGGAGAUCACCAGGUCGAAGCAGGCGGCUGUGGCUGGUGCUCCUCAGCAGACCACUUUCCAAGUGUUCAGAGAUAUCUAUAAGAAGGAAGGCAUCAGAGGGAUCAACAAGGGUGUCAAUGCUGUGGCUAUCAGACAGAUGACCAAUUGGGGUUCGAGAUUUGGUCUUUCGAGAUUGGCCGAGGAGGGUAUCAGGUCUCUCACCGGUAAGGGUAAGGACGACAAGUUGAGUGCCGUGGAGAAGAUCGCCGCCUCGACGUUGGGUGGUGGUUUGUCUGCUUGGAACCAGCCAAUUGAGGUGAUCAGAGUGGAGAUGCAAUCCAAGACAAACGACCCCAACAGACCAAAGAACUUGGGUGUGUUCUCUACUGCCAAGUACAUCUACUCCAACAACGGUAUCAAGGGCUUGUACAGAGGUGUGGCCCCAAGAAUUGGUUUGGGAGUCUGGCAGACCGUGUUUAUGGUUGCCUUUGGUGACAUUUUCAAGAAGAUGUUGAAUGCGGACGGUGGUCAUUAA